AUGACAGUUUGUUCAGUGCGGGAGAACAAGUCAGAUGAGAGGAGGUUCUCGGUGUGUACGGGAACAAAGAAGAGGCUGCAUUUGAGGGCGGAGAGCAGGGAAGAUAGAGCGACGUGGGUGGAGGCAAUAAUGGCGGUGAAGGACAUGUAUCCUCGCUUGCCCAACGCUGAGAUCAUGUCACCCGUCGCCUCCGUCAUCAUCUCCACCGAGAGGUUGAAAGACCGUCUCUUACUCGAGGGUGUCAGCGAGGCUGCUAUUAAGGAAUGUGAGGAAAUCAUGCAAACCGAAUUCUCCCAGUUGCACAAACACAUUGUCGCUCUCAAGCAGAAGCAGUUGCUACUCAUGGACACAUUGCGCCAUCUAGAGGCAGAGAAGGUUGAGUUGGAGAAUGCACUCGUUGAAGACCAAAGGCAUUCAAAGGAUGGUGAUGAAGCAGAUCCCUAUCAAUCAACGCAAGAAAAGUACAGUGGAAGUGACGGUGAUUCUUCUGAUGGGCCCGAUAGGCUUGAUAACUCUGACGAUGAAGAGGACGCAUUCUUUGAUACAUGUGACAUUCUUUCAACAAGUUCUGACCAUCCCAGAUCCUGCCAUGAUUCAGAAUGUGAGGAGACUAAUCCAAAUGGGAUAGGCCAUGAAAAAUCAGCGAUUGGGUCUGUUGGAUUUAACUAUCCUGAAGUCAAGAGACGAAAGAAGUUGCCUGACCCUGUUGAGAAAGAGAGUAGCGUCAGCCUAUGGUCAAUCAUAAAAGACAACAUCGGGAAGGAUCUUACGAAAGUCUGUCUCCCUGUUUACUUUAACGAGCCUAUCUCCUCGUUGCAGAAAUGUUUUGAAGAUCUAGAGUACUCUUAUCUUCUAGACCAAGCAUAUGAAUGGGGUAAAAUGGGUAACAGUCUAAUGAGGAUGCUACAUGUGGCAGCAUUUGCAGUUUCUGGGUAUGCUAGCACCAAUGGUAGAAGUUGCAAACCAUUUAAUCCACUGUUGGGUGAGACAUAUGAAGCAGAUUAUCCAGACAAAGGAAUUCGCUUUAUCUCUGAGAAGGCCAAUGAAACUGAGCAGAAAUCCUUGCCAUUGUCUUAG